AUGACACAAUCCCUCGAGAGUUUUAAAACCAUCAAUUUGUCUGGCAUAUGCUUGCUAGCUGUAGCUAUAUAUGUCGUCUCAUUCAUUAUCUAUCGCCUUUAUUUUCACCCUUUGUGCGGAAUUCCCGGUCCGAGGCUUGCCGCAAUUACUAGCUGGUAUGAAACCUACUAUGACCUUUUCAAGACACCUAGCGGUCAGUACUGGAACAAAAUCGACGAACUUCAUAAAGAAUACGGCCCUAUUAUACGUAUUAAUCCAGAUGAAAUUCAAAUUCACGACCCAGAAUUCUAUAACCAGAUUUAUGCCGGGGGAUCAACAAAAAGGCAUCGGUAUGCACGCAGCGUCUCGGGCAAUGGAUCACCUGGAUCCAUGGCUUCAGCUGUUUCUCAUGAUCUACACCGUCUCCGCCGGAGCUCAUUGAAUCCAUUCUUUUCAAGAGCCGCAGUCCUCAGACUUGAAGAAAGAAUCCAAAGUAGGGUUAGGAUUCUUUGUGAAAGACUAUCUAGCUUUCUACAAAGAGGAGAAAUAGUUGACAUGAGUGUGGCAAUGACAUCGUUGACCUUGGAUAUUAUCACAGAAUAUUCAUUUGGCGAAUCUUGGAAUCUUAUGGAUAACGAUGACUUGAGUUAUAAUUUCAUCAAGGUGAUGAGAGGAGGCUUUGAGACGCUCCAGGUUCGAAAGCUUUUUAAUUCAGCCAUUCAACUGGUUCCACCAAGUAUUUUAGCUUGGUCUAGUCUGAAUAUGAAAGUCUUUCUUGAAUUCAAAUAUAGAUGCUUUGAAACAUGCCGACUGAUCAAAAUCGCACAUAACGAUACGAAAGCAAAUUCGACAACUAGGCAAACGCAGAUAAACCUCUUCACAGAGGCACUAGACAGGCUUCCAGAGGAGGAAAUAGAGACUCAGAGACUUGCAGACGAAGCUCUAGUUCUUAUCACAGCGGGUUCCGAGACGACUAGUAGAGCCUUAGCAACACUCAUCUACCAUGUACUGAGAAAUCCACACAUUCUCGCUAAUUUGCGACAAGAACUCGACACAGCCAUACCAAAUGCUAACAUGGAGGUACCAUAUUUGACGCUUGAGGCUCUACCAUAUCUGACCGCCACAAUCAGAGAAUCGUUGCGUGUUAGUGCACUAGUGCCAAAUCGCUCUCUAUUGACCGCGGAUGAGCCGCUGCAAUAUAAGCAAUGGAGCCUCAAACCUGGAACUGCUUUUUGUAUGAAUACUUCGAAAUAUCUCCUCGAUGCCUCCAUAUAUAGUAACCCUACUAUGUUUGAUCCCGAACGCUGGCUCGGCGAUACGCGGAGAACCCAGAAAUUGCUUCACCAUUUUGCGCCGUUUUCAAAGGGCCACCGAGGCUGUAUUGGAAUGAAUCUUGCAUACGCCGAGCUAUAUCUCGUUUCUGCCUAUAUUAUUAGGCGCUUCGACAUGCGCUUGUACGACGUAAUCAGGGAAAGAGAUGUGGACACUGUACGAGAUGCGUUUAUUGGAUUGCCUAGUAUAGAAUCAAAGGGUGUGAGAGUCGAAAUGAUUCGUAAAAGGAAUUAA